UUUUCGAAAAUUAAAGACCAUCACAGAUUGUCUUUACUUUUACCUAAAGCCGCCUUCUUAAUAAACCCGCCCACGUAUAUUUAUUUUUCAGGAAACAGACUCUCUAUUUUAAAUUGGAAAAAGCCAAAAUAAAUGUAUGUAGAGUAGACGUUGAAAGUUUGGACGUUUCCGGAGCAGUCCAAGAAGGCAUCAUAACUGUUAUUUUGGUUUUCCCAGUUUGUUUCUUUUUCUGCAAAUCGCAGUGGAAAGUAACUGGUGAACAAAUAUCAGCAAAAGUUCUAAAACUCCGAGAAAGCUCGCGACCAUGGCAGAUCAGCCCGGUUCUACACACAAAGAUGAGAAGUCUUUGUAUCUGGCACAGAUUCAGUAUUUAACGGAGCAGUUGGAAAGAUUUCAGCUCACAUUCGAAGAGCUGGAAGAGGAGAACGCUAGGCUUGUGUCUGAGCGCAACGCUUUUGAGAAAGAAAACAAAGGCAAGGUUGAAGAGCUGAGAUGCCAAGUUGAUGUAAAACAGGAAAAAGUGUGCCAGAUGUUUGAACAGCUGGAGGGUCUGCGGCUCGACCAACUUGCGUCAGAAGAGCGUCGGCAGGAGCUGCAUAAGCUGAUAGAUCAACUCCACUCACAGAAGGUCAAACUGGACACAGAUUUGGAAGCUAUGAACAAGGAGCUGGCUCUCUUGUGCCAGCAGCAGUCUGAACAGAAGUGCGUGGAGGAGCUGGACACCCCGUCUGCAGAGGGUGGACCUGCCACAGGUGUCACCAGUCCGGAUGAGGAUCUGCUGCAGGUUUACGAGCGUUUAGUAGAAUUCUUGAAAACGACGGCUGAGGCCAAAGUAGAGCAUCUGAGGAACUUGGACCUGAUUGUUAAAGAUGGAAAAGAGCUCAAUUAUCUGCUGGGAAAAAAAGAGAUCCUGCAACAAGAAACAACUGCUCUGAAUGACCACAUCAGUGAUUUAAACGCCACCCAGAAAGACAUGGAGGACGAGAUGAAGAAGAUGAAACAGGAGAUGCGGUUCCUCGACAAGGAGUUGGGCACAAUCAACCAGGUGUUUCGAAGGCUUCAAACACAGAGAGACGAAUAUUCCGACAAGCUGCAGAGUGCGAAGAAUGACUCUGACGCUCUCAGGCAGGAGUUUGACAAGGUCUCUGAAGUUUAUCAUCAAAGAGUGGCUAAGAGGCGACGCCUGCAGGUGGAGCUUCAGGAGGAGAUGGCCAGGAGAAGGCAGCUGGAAGGGUUGAAGCAGGAGGCAGCUGUCAUCCUCAGACAGAUCAUAACGGAUCCACAGAAACCAUCUAAGGCUCAGUGGAAGAUGCAGAAGUUGGUGAAGGUCCUGGGAAGAGGAGCUGAAGCAGACGACUCGUGUGAGGAUGCAUCCGACCUCGUUGACCCGGCUGACCCGGCUCCUGAGCAUGAUGAUCCUCAGGCAGGAGCCUCCUCUGCUCCACAGAACUGAACUGUUUCAGUUUGUAGGAACUAGUUUCUAACACAGGUGUUUAUUCUUGAUCCUGGUUAGAUUUCAUGGACUUACUCUUGCUGUUAAGUCUUAUUCUAAGCAUUCCUUUUGACAUGAAUAAAAAGCCUAAUUUCAAAACCUAGAA